UUCACCCGCCCGUGACACGGACACUCAGCGCUCAGCACGGGACGGGACGGAGCUUCUACUCGCUGCUGGUCGCUACUUCCACAUCUGUCCCAUUUCCGCGGCGCAGCGAAGGACGGACGCGGAUCCGGCGAAGGUCCCGCUGACUGUGCUGUGUUGUUGUCGUUACCGGGGAGGAAGGACGCGCUUGGAAACGGCGGCUGCGGCGGCCCGUGCAUGGAUGCAUCAUGUCUUCGUUUGUGUGCCGGGUUCAGUUUCUAGACGACACCGAUCCGUUCAACAGCACCAAUUUCCCCGAACCGACCCGACCUCCUCACUACACCUUCAGAGAAGAUAUUCCUCUCAUUAACCAGAUCGCAGGAGUCCACAGACUCCUCAAAGCUCCUCACAAGCUCGAUGACUGUGCUCUGCAGCUCUCUCACACCGGCGUAUAUCUGGAUCUGGAGUCGACGCUGGACGAGCAGAGAGAUGAACUGGAGGGAUUUCAGCAGGACGACUCUGCAGGGAGAGGAAAAAAGCAUAGUGUGAUUUUACGCACCCAGCUGAGCGUCCGUGUUCACGCGUGUAUCGAGAAGCUGUAUAAUUCCAAUGGCCGUGACCUGAGGAGGGCGCUGUUUUCCCUCAAACAGAUAUUCCAGGACGAUAAGGAUCUGGUUCAUGAGUUCGUUAUGGCUGAAGGUCUGACGUGUUUGAUCAAAGUCGGCGCUGAAGCGGAUCAAAACUACCAGAACUACAUCCUCAGAGCUCUGGGUCAGAUCAUGCUGUAUGUGGACGGGAUGAACGGGGUCAUAGGUCACAGCGAGACCAUCCAGUGGCUCUACCUGCUCAUUGGCUCAAAGUUUCGUCUGGUGGUGAAGACGUCUCUGAAGCUGCUGUUGGUGUUUGUUGAGUAUUCAGAGUCCAACGCAGCGCUGCUCAUCCAGGCCAUCAACGCCGUGGACACUAAGAGAGGCUGUAAGCUGUGGUCGAACGCUAUGGAGAUUUUAGCAGAGAAGGACGGUGUGGACACGGAGCUGCUGGUGUAUGUCAUGACCCUUAUUAACAAGACGCUGGCGGCGCUGCCCGAUCAGGACUCGUUCUAUGACAUGGUUGACGUUCUGGAGGAGCAGGGCAUGGAGAGCGUGUCUCAGCGUUACCUGGGCCGUAAAGGAACCGAUCUGGACCUGCUGGAGCAGCUCAACAUCUAUGAGGCGACUCUCCGGCACGAGGACGGCGAUGAGGACGCUUUGCCCCCGUCUUCCGGUCGACGGGACAGACGGCGCUCCAGCGUGGGCGGAACAGAGAGGCGGGGCUUGCAGAGACGCCGCAGCCGCAGGCAUUCGUUGGGCAGAUCAGGCCACGCCUCCCCGCUCAGCCCCGCCUCCCCACAACGCGCAAACUUCCAGCCGUUUAACGGACAGGAAAUCAACGAGAGAGCUCGUGUGAUGCAUGAAUAUCUCCCGGUGAUAGAGGAGGAUGAGGAGGAAACUCCCGUCACAGAGUCGGCUUCAGAUGAUAAUGAUGAUGAUGAUGAUGAUGAUCAGGGGGAAAUUAGGCCGUCUAAUCUCAGUAUCGUGAGCACAUCCGAGCACAGCAGCAAACACACACCUGAGAAGGAGGAGCAGAGGAGGGCCACAGAGGCCACGCCCCCUGCUGACUCCGCCCAGCCGUCGCUCCUGGCCAGUCUGCUGGCGCAACGCAGGUCGUCCGUCAGCGUCCCGCCGUCCAAUGAGAUCAGCCCUCAUCUGCGAGGCUCCACCCGCCUCCCGUAUCUGCCGCACUCGCCCUUCUUCCUGUUCUCCUACGAUCUGGAGGAGCAGGAGGAGAAACCGGCUCAGAAGGGCAGCAGGUCGUUCUCGGCUGUGAAUUCUCCAUCAACACCAGCCAAACAACACAAUGACAGACCUGCUCUGGGCGGCCUCCUGUCGUCCUCGUACCGUCAGCAUCAGGAGUCUCUGGCCGCGGAGAGAGAAAGACGGCGCGUGGAGCGAGAGGAGCGACUGCAGCGCAUCGAGAGAGAGGAGCGCAACCGACACAGUCGGGACUAUGUGUCGAACAUGGAGGAGGCCAGACACGCUCGAGAGGAGAGGUUUCGGACGGCCGAGCGAUUGGGGGCGGAAGAGUUCGAGCGAGAGCGAAUGCAUUCAGCGCCUCGAGGUCUCAAUCUCACUCUGAGCCCGGCGGACACCUGUCAGUCAUCCCGCAGUGCCACGCCCUCAUCUGUGACAUCACAGGACGAGGAGGACACGCCCGUCACGUCGUACCCGCCCUCUGAACCAGACACUAAUGAUCUAGAACCAGACGUGGAAGAGACUCUAGAACCUGAGGAGAAGGACGCAGAACCCAGAGAGGAACAGGACCAGGAACAGGAACAGGAAGAGGAAGUGGAGGAGAUAAGUGCUAAACAGGAAGUGGGUGGAGCCGAGGAGCAGGUUGCAGAGGAAGAGGAGGGGUCUGAGCGGGAAGCACCGGAUGGAGAAGCGGAAGACAGCGGGAUCUUGAGCGAUAAAGAACGACAGAACGAAGAAGUGAACGAGAAGGAUAACUGCUCUGCCUCCAGUAUAUCCUCAGCUAGUAGCACUCUAGAAAGGGAAGAUCGACUCACUACAGGUGGCGCAGAGACAGGUCAGUGGGCUCAGAGCGUCAAUGUGAAUGACCAACGAAACAAGAUCCUCAACAGCAAACUCUUCAUGCUGGACAUGCUCUACUCGCAGAGCAAAAAACCCUCAGAGGAAGACGAGGACGAAGACGAGGUGGUCGAGGACAAAGAGCAAGACGCAACUGAAAAAACUGAGGAUUCAUCGCAGGAUGUGACAUCACAGGAUGAGAAUGCCACUAAGAGUGAAGGAGACAAGAAAGUGGAGAACCAGAGCAACGUACGAGCGUUCGCCGAGCGCUUUGGAGACAUAGUGAAGGGUCUCACCUCUCCACCAAUAGAAGCGCACGAACCUCCUCCUCCUCCACCUCCACCUCCAAAAAAGGAGUCGGACUGCAUUUGGGACCAGCUGAUGGCGAGUCCACGGGAUCUGCGCAUCGGCGACAUCGACUUCACCGAUCUGGGAGACGAGGAUGACCAGGACGUCCUGGACUCUGGGAGUUUAUAUAGCUCUGGUGAUCUGCUUGCUCCGCCCCCUCCACCACCGCCCUGCCCCUUUAACCUCCCGGUCCCACCCCCUAUGUUUGGCUGCCCUCCGCCCCCUCCUAUGUUUAGCAUCCGUGUGCCUCCACCCCCUCCCUGCUUCUCCAACCAGGCUCCGCCCCCUCCUCAACAGCAGGCGGAGCAACCCCCGCUCUUCCAGAAGAAGAAGAAGACCAUCCGCUUAUUCUGGAGUGAAGUCCGGCCCGCCGACUGGAUCUACCGCAACCACAAAUGCAGCCAAGAGUCGCUCUGGUCCAGACUUGAUCCUAUCAAACUCGACACGGCUAAACUGGAACACCUUUUUGAGAGCAAAUCCAAGGAGAUGCCCGUGACUAAAAAAACGGCAGCGGAUGGGAAGCGGCAGGAGAUCAUCAUUCUGGACUCCAAACGCAGCAACUCCAUCAACAUUGGUCUGACGGUUCUUCCCCCACCGCGCACCAUCAAGACCGCCAUACUGAACUUUGACGAGUAUGCGCUCAACAAAGAGGGCAUUGAGAAAAUCCUGACGAUGAUUCCCACAGAGGAAGAGACGCAGAAAAUCCAAGAGGCUCAGCUGGCAAAUCCUGACAUUCCGCUGGGCAGCGCGGAGCAGUUCCUGCUGAACCUGUCCUCCAUCAGUGAGCUCUCAGCGCGCCUGCAGCUCUGGGCCUUCAAACUCGACUAUGAAGCGUCAGAGAAGGAAGUGGCAGAGCCGCUACAGGACCUGAAGGAGGGCAUGGAUCAGCUGGAGAAGAACAAAACGCUGCGCUUCAUCUUAUCGACUCUGCUAGCGAUCGGGAACUUCCUGAACGGCUCCAGUGCCAAAGGCUUCGAUCUGACGUAUCUGGAGAAGGUUCCUGAAGUGAAGGACACGGUUCAUAAGCAGUCGCUCCUGCAUCACGUCUGCAGUAUCGUGGUGGAGAAUUUCCCCGACAGCACAGACCUGUACUCUGAGAUCGGGGCCGUCACACGCUCCGCUAAGGUGGAUUUCGACCAGCUGCAGGAGACUCUGACUCAGAUGGAGUGGCGCUGCAAAGCAUCAUGGGACCACCUGAAAGUCAUCGCAAAGCACGAGAUGAAGCCGGCGCUGAAGCAGAAGAUGUCGGACUUCCUGAAAGACUGCGCCGAGAGAAUCAUCAUCCUCAAAACAGUCCACCGCAGGAUCAUGAACAGGUUUCAUUCGUUUCUGCUGUUUCUGGGUCACCCCGUGUACAGCGUUCGUGAAAUCAGCGUGACUCGCUUCAGUAAACUCAUCAGCGAGUUCGCUCUGGAGUACAGAACCACACGCGACCGCGUCCUCCAGCAGAAACAGAAACGCGCCGAUCACAGAGAGAGAAACAAGACGCGAGGAAAGAUGAUCACAGACAUCAGCACGCAGACGGAUGAUGAAGAGGACAGUGAGGCGGGUCGUGUGUGUGUGAGCAGCAGCAGUGGCGGCGUCAGCAGUGUUAGUGCGGCUCCUCCCGUGGGGCCGCAGACGGAGCCGCAGGGUUUGUGUCACGCUGAAGACGCGGCCGAACACGAGCAGAUGAAGGCCGUGCUGAAGGGAAGCCUGCAGAGCGCCGACAGCGACAGCGCCGGGAUGACGGGCCUGAGGUUGCGCACGCGCACACGCGCCAGCAGAGGCCGCACCGCAUGGGCCGCAGCGAACGAAGAGCCCCAGUGCGCGACGGACGACGGUGCCGACGAGAUCAUGGAGAGAAUCGUACGAUCGGCCACUCAGAGUCCCAGAGAACGAGCGCAACCCCGCGAACGACGACGCUCACGCGCAAACCGCAAAUCACUGAGGAGGACUCUGAAGGGCGGUCUGACCGCAGAAGAAGCUCAAGCGCUGGGAUUGGACACGUCAGAGAUGCCGGUGUAACGGGACGUCCCGUCCGAACCACACUGACGCUUUUGCCUUCAGCAGAACUCAUCUCAGGACAACAGACUCGCCAAGAUACCGCAGUAAAAACACCAUUUUAAUAAUCAGCAAAGCUCCGCCUCCAUCGCGUGUGUGUUUGAUUGUAAGCCACGCCCUCUCAUUACAUACCCGUCUCACCAGCCAAUCACAGGCCGUCACUGUGAUAAAUAGAAUCCCUUUACAGAAGUGUGUUUAGUUCAACAAAAGAUGUUUUUUUACCCCGACUGAACACUAACUCAGGGUUUGACCGUCGCUGACUUGGAAUUAUUUCUAUUUAAAACUUCAAAACGUAUGCUGAAAUGUGGCUUUAAAUGUUUAGUCACUCGAUUCACUUUAUGUUUGCAUCCGUCAGAUCAGCAAAACUGUGGAUUAUUUAUUGUUAGAUGCACAAUAUGAAGGUACAACUUUAUAAGAGACACUAAAUAUGUUUAUUUUUUAAAUUCUAGAUGUGGAUUUCAGACAGUUAAACACAUUUGAGAUAUACACAGACUCACACAGUGACUUUUUCAUCUCAGCUGCUCACAUUUACUAUUUCUUUCACUAUAUUGCAUGUUUAACCAUCAUAAUGCAUCUGUUUUGACCUGGAAGAAAUGCAUAAUAAUUUCUAAACAAUGCAUAGUUUUUAGACCCUCAGAAUAUACAUGGUUUGUUUAUUUUUUAUUUUAUUUAUCUUGAAAUACUUCUAACAACAACAACAACAACAAAAUGGUGAAAAUGAACGUAAAAUAAAAGUAUGUUAAAGAAGAAAAAACAAAAACUAAUGAAAUAAACAUGUCAAAUUUAAAAUAAAUAACGGUAAUAAUAAAAACAAUUAAACAGUCAAAUAAAAACCAUCUAAAAUACAAAAACACUUAGUGAAAAUAUUAAAAUCAUCAAAAUAAUUUAUUUUAUUUUUAUGAUAUCAUGAAUGUGCUUUAUUUGAUUUUUUUUUUUUUUUUUUGGUUUAUUUAUUUUACUUUUUCAGAUGCGUUUCAUGUUCGGGUCAUUUUUGACCCGGGCUUGUGUGGAGCUCCAUUAGAUGUCAAAAAUACUUUUGUAAAAUUAUCUAUGCAGUUAUAUUAGUGAUAAAAAAAUUCUGUUAAAUUCUCCAUAUCUCACACACUUUUAGACUAAAUUUGAACCAUUGCAGCAGGAAAAACAGACCAUUUUAAAGCUGAAAGUGAAUGUUUAUGCAAAUAAAAGAAUUUAUUUUGACUGAAAACUUUGAGAAAUAUUUGUUGUUUUGAUAGAAAUAACUAUAAAUAUGUUUUUGAGCAAUCAUGAAUUAUAAAUUUAAAUUCCAUUCAUUCCAGUGGGGGUAAUACUGAUAAUUCUCAAAUGAUAUGUUCUUAUAAAUUUCACACAAUGAUAUUUUCAAGUGAAAUUUCUUGUCAACAUUGACAAAAAUAUCUAGAUAUUUUGCAUCUUAGUUUUUUUGGUCUGGUCCGUGUGUAAUUUGAAAUUUAAAUAAAAAAAAUCUUUUUUUUUUAAAUUAAUAAUUAAAGGGUAAAUGUGGUGAUAAUGUUCAAAACACUGAUUUUUUCCCCCACAUUCACUCAUUAAUAUGACUGUUUAAUAAAAUGAUUAUUUGCAUGAGAAUAAUAUCAGAUUUUGAAUGCAUCAUGAGGGUUAAAUGACACAUAUAAUACUGGUGUUUCUUGUUUUGGUUCUUUAAGCAUCAGAGACAUUUGAGUAUUUUAUAGCAGAUUUCAAUGUGCCUUUGACACAGAAGGAACUAGAAUAACAAAGUAAUGGACUGUAAGUCACUCAUUCAUGUUUCUGAGAUGUUUCACAUGCAUUUACUUUCCGUUUGUGAGUUUUGUGUCGGUUCAUGCUGUCGUGAGAGCUACGUUGCACCUUAACGUCCAUUAUUAUUAUUAUGGGAAAGCGACUUUUAUGAACAAGUAAGGAUUUGUAUGAACUCUACAUCAGACGCGUUCUGUCUCCAAAACGUAUUCUAAAUGUACAAAAUGGUGAAAGUAUUUUUGAAGACUGUAAAUGUUAAUGCCCUGUUGUUUUCUUUUGUAAUUUCUGUAGAUUUGGUGUCUGAUAGUUAUUGUUUUUUUCUGUACAUGUUAAUUUAAGAAAGACAACCGAAGCCAUAAACGCCACGCACAGCAGCAGUUAAGACUAGUUUAGUUUACAGUGUUUGAACAGAGACUUGUGUUUGGUUUUACUUGCCUUUUCUUUCUUUCAACACAUGGAAUCUGAACUCAUUUUGCAGAAUUGAAGCCUUGUACGGUUACAUUUUUCACUUUGAUCUGCAUGUGUCACACCCUGCAAUAAAACCCUUUCUGAAGUAAGACA